AAGCUGUUUUGACAGCCAGUUCAACGCUACAACGCAAAGACACUGGACAUCGGAGACUCGGGAAUACACUUUCUGAGAAAUGAAGUUCUAUAAAUAUUACAUCCCAUUCCUCACAAUCGUCACGGAUAUCAUCCACACGAGUUACGCAUCAAACGAUUUCUCGAUAAUGUACAACGAGAACGGCGGUUGGAAAAAAUCGUGGACUGGGAACGAACACAAUCAGCUGAAAGCGUAUGGUAAAGAUCCCAAACAGUACGAAGGAGAAAAUUGGCCAAUGACAGCCUUCCUGAAGAGAACUAUCGAUUUAUUUGAGAGACAGGCAAUGAACACAAGAACCAAUGCAAGAAGGAUUAGGAUUUAUAACACGAGACGAAGUUACUCUUUGGCUGUAAACAAAAAAGGAAGACUGUACACGACAAAAUCUUUCAAUGCGCCCGAGGCAAUAUUCAAGGUGCAUCUCUUCGGCUUGGAAAAAAAUAAAUCACUGGUAAAAUUACAAAGCGAGGCAUAUGGGAAAUAUUUAGCGAUUUCAUGUAAAACAGGACAUGUCUACACAACGAAAAAGAAACUAAAUCAAGAAGCGCUGUUCUACUACAAUCAUCAAAACAAUGAUGCGGACUUUCAAUCAAAAAAAUGCUCCAAAAACUCGAAUCGUUGGUACUUGGGGAUCAAGAAAGACGGAAGGAUAAAGAACGCAAAGGGAGCCAGCUCUAGCGAUUUCGGGACAAAGUUCUUAAUAAUUCACUACAAGCGAUGAUUGAUGCGGAAGAAAAUAGUAAAUUAUAUUCGACAAAGAUAACAAUAGAGAAUUGAGCGACUCGAAAUAAAUGUGAAAAUCACAAAAA